AUGGUAGAUAUCCUGGAUUUUUGCCGCCUGAUUUGGUACUCACCACACCUCCAGACGAAACACCUCGCAAGCACUACAAGAACCCCGGCAGCUCGCACCACACCACCUACGGCAUGCCGCCUCCGCCACCCCUUCAUUCCGGCCCGCCCGGGUACGAGCCUGGGCCAGGGGAAUACCCUGCUCAGCCUCAGUACUCCGCUCAACCUCAGUACGGCGCGCCACAGCCUCCGUAUGGCGCGCCCGAGCCCCAAUUCAACGCGCCUCAACAUCCGUACGGCGCACCUCAGCCAGCGUACGGGGCGCCCCAGCAACCCUAUGGUGCACCCCAGCCCCAAUACCAGGCUCAACACAACCAAUCCCACUCGAGCAAGUCACACAAGGGCUGGCGUGGCUGGUGAGUGUGAUAUCCUUCUUUAUUCAUCUACCGCAUCUUCUUCUUUUCCUUUUACUCCUUAUUACGUCCAUCUCCAUCUCAUCUUUUUCCUUCCCCGCCCUCUGUCUUUAUACUUACCGGGCAUCGAUAUUAAUAUGCGGCACCAGAAUCUGAACGCAAGCUCGCUUCCAGGAUCGACAAAGCGUUGUCGAUAUUCCACGGCCAUGCGGCGCAUAAGCACGCUCAGAGCUCAUGAACAGUAG